AAACUGUUACGAUACCCAUACGAUAAUAUGAUAUCCUCUCUACUUUAUCAGGCGUCCCAUUGCCGUGCAGCUGUUCCCUCUACUUUUCAGCUCACCGGUCUCAAGGCCACCAUAUCUCGCGCACACCACAAACAAUACAAUGCGCUGCAUUCAGACAUCUUGCACACAUUCUGAAAUCAGGUCCGCCUUGUCUUUGAGCAUCUGACUUCGUGUAGCCCUACCAAGAGAGAGAGAUCGGCAGUGGCUUAUCAUCAACUCCCCCAAUACCCGUCCACUUACCAAGGCCGUCCACAGCGGCUAGCGGCCUGAGUACGGAGCACCGCCAUAGGACGUCAUGUUAAAGAUGACCACUUCCCGGCUUCGGUCUCACACACACAAACCUUCCGUUCGCCGUUACGAACGAGCUCAAGUUAUACUCAACGACACGCAUAGCGAACCGUCACGCGGUCUUUCAAGGUUAUCAAGCAUCAAUGGCCUCAUCACCUUCACAGCCAUCCUGAAACCACAUUCCCAAACACCGAGUCUCAACAAUAGACGAGCUAUACCGCUCCCUGGAAGAAACCAAGGUGCCCACCAAACAACGAGAUCCAUACUACAUCCACACCGCCAACGGCCGCGACCCAGUCAACCGAUCACCGUGCAUACCCACCACCAUACCGUCCACACAACCAUCCAUCGCCAAACCAUCAACCAGCAUACCAGACAACGAAACAGCACCCACCCUCUCAACUCCCCUCAUCAACCCCAAACACCCACCCGAGAUCUGUCCCCCAACUACUUCGCGGUGGCAGAAACUCAAGGAAGCGAAUGAAACGCGUAAGAGCAGAGAGGUGACGAGGAUAGGCAUGGAUGAGGCGGUGAAACGGUCGGGGAGAGAUCCGAGGGGUUUUAAGGUUGGGGAUGACGGAGAGAAGGAGGGGUGGACGGAGAGGCAGAAGAG